UUACUGAUUUACUUGAGGAGAUCAAAUUUUAAAGCAGCUACUUUUUUACAUCGAUUAUCAGCAUAGCACUAUGGCCGAUGUUGCUCGUCCGGAUCCAAUCUCAUGGCAACAUCCUGUGGAAUCGAAUGAGGGUGAUCCAUGCAGCUCAAAUGAUACAUCAGUGCCGGAAGAACUUGCCCUUCUUGCCGAUAAAUAUACAUUCAGUUUUGGUGAGCAAAAAUCACUACAGAAAGAUGUAAUUGAGUUGAAGAAAAAGAUACGCAUUUCAUGUAACAAGCAAAUGCGUAUUAAGCAAGGAUACGUACAAAUGCAGAAAGUGACAAAAGAAAGGAAGCAAUCAGAUUUUCUCAAAAAAGAAAUCCGAGAUUUGAGUGAUCAAAUCAGUGAUAUGAAAGAUGAUUUACAAACAUUGGAUAUGUAUGACAGUGGUGCAUUUGAUGAUGGUGAUGACGUAAAUGGUAUACCAAAUUCACCUUCAGAAGAUACUUUAACAGCAGAUGGUUCAUCUGAUGGUGCGGGUCUCGAAAUAAGUACCGAAAAUACAGAAACUGUGACAAAUAGCCGGCUUGCUAGCUUACAGAAAGAAUUGGAUAAGGAGAUGAAAGUUAAAGAUGGCCUCGAACGUUUCCUUGCUAUUGGUCAUACGAAUCGUAAAUUACAAGAAGAAUCAAAGAGUAUGUUGUUCGAUUCGAAAGCAAAAAUUGCACUACUUCGAAUGCAAAUCGAGAAAAUGCAACGACAAGAACAAGUUGAUGCUGGCUUAUCUGGUAAAACGAUACCAACAAAAACAGAAAUGAUCGUUGACGAUCUUCUUUUCAGGCUUCGCAAAGAAGCUGCAAUUGCUGAAGGAGCACAAAACAUGAUCAGAAUAUUGAGUAGUCAGAGAAAGAGCGAUGGGAAAAGUCUUUCGCAAGCUAUUGAAAAUCAGAUGCAGUCUGAGGAAAAACUUGAUCUUAUACGAUUAGCUUUAGCCAAGUACAGUGCGCGGUUACCAAAUGAUUCACCAAAAAAAAAUGAAAUUCGUGACGCCGUUUUGGAAUCAGAACGUUUGCCUCUCACGGGUCAUCAUCAUCGUCGUGAUGGAACAUUUAGUCCAACGAGCUCUGCUCCUGGAAGUCCAUCACAGGAUGAUUCAAAAUCUGCAAGUCUAUCACGUUUAGCGCUUUCAUUGAAACGGCUUUGGACACUGCCAUCAUUAGCUGUUAGCGGACGUCUGGAAGUGAGGUUAAUUGGUUGCCAAAAUUUAAUGGUUGACAUUCCUCGUCGUUUACUGCGAUCAGAAGUCUCAUCAGCAGUGACAAUGGGUGGUGAUGGUUUGCCUAGUUUCACGCAGAAAGCACGUAAUACACGUGGAAGUGGCCCACGAACAUCAAGGGCAAGAUCUUCAUCAGUUUGGUGUGCUUCUUCCGCUUCAACGACCGACGCAUUUGCAACAGCAAAGCUUUCGCCAAAUGAUGAAGUUGCGGCAACACUCUUGCUAGAUAGUCGUGAAGUGGCUAGUACUGAGUCACGGCCAGUUUCACAGCAAGCAUGGGAUCAGCAUUUUAGCAUCGAUUUAGAUAGGUCGAAGGAAUUGGAAAUUGAAAUUCGAUAUCGUGAUUGGCGCUCAAUUUGUGCAUUUACGGUUGUCAAAUUAGGCGAUAUAGUCGAGCCAUCAGAACGAGCUGGAAUGGUACUAAAACUUGAACCUCAAGGAGAUCUGUUUGCUGAGUUCAAAUAUUUGAAUCCAGUUGUCAGUAGGAAGCCUAAGCUUGAACGACAGAAACGCCUUUUCCGAGUGAAAGAAAGGAAAGAAAUAGCGAGUGCGAAGAAGCAGCUUGGUGUUGCCGCAUGGAGCCGUUUAAUGAAGCAGUUUGGAGGUUCACAGUCGAAUGAAAGUAUCGAACCGAUUUUAAGUCCGACAUUCGGUGGUUUAUACACCGCUGCUACUACAACUACUACUACCACUGGUCCUUUAUCACCAGUGUCAAAAACUGCCCACACACUACCAUCACGUCUGACUGCAGAUCGACCUCUAAUUUCAGCUUCUGGACUAUUUCCACCAGAAAGUGGUCAUAUGCGUCCAAUACGUCCUCCUCCUCUCCCUAGUUCUGUACGUUUUGGAGAUAUUUCAGAAACGUCGAAACCAAAGCAAAACCAGCGAAUUCAUGAACAACCAAAGAUGCCAUCAGCGGUGUUGUCUCGACCAUCUGCGAAAAAUCAAAUUGCAGUAUCUCACAUCGAAUCUCCACCACCUUUGCCAGCAUCCAAACCACCACCUCUAACACAUAAGAAAACGUCGAGGAUUACUUCUCCUACGUCCAGUCUUACGAUCGACAAAUUUCACCUUAUUUCUGUUUUAGGGAGAGGGCACUUUGGAAAAGUUAUCCUUGCUCAAUAUAAGGGAAAUGGAGAAUAUUAUGCGUUGAAAGUACUGAAAAAAGGUGAUGUGCUCGGUCGUGAUGAAGUGGAAUCAUUGAUGGUUGAGAAAAGGAUUUUCGAGAUUGCAACAUCUCGUCGUCAUCCCUUUCUUGUGAAUCUUUUUGCAUGCAUACAAUCAAAAGAGCAUGUUUUCUUCGUUAUGGAAUACUCGAUGGGUGGUGAUCUAAUGCGUCAUAUACACGAUGAUAUUUUCACUGAAGAACGAAGCUGUUUUUAUGCAGCCUGUGUUUUACUAGGACUUGAAUUCUUACAUGCUAAUAACAUCAUUUAUAGGGAUCUCAAAUUGGAUAAUCUGUUGCUGGAUCGAGAAGGUUAUGUGAAAUUAGCUGAUUUUGGUUUAUGCAAGGAAGGUAUGGGACCAGCUGAUAGGACUUCAACAUUUUGUGGUACUCCAGAAUUUCUUGCACCUGAGGUGUUAACUGAGAAUAGUUAUACUCGAGCAAUUGAUUGGUGGGGGCUUGGAGUGCUAAUUUUCGAAAUGCUGGUGGGUGAGCCACCGUUUUCUGGUGAAGAUGAGGAAGAGAUAUUUGAUUCCAUUGUAAAUGAUGAUGUACGCUAUCCACGUUUUCUUUCUAUUGAAAGUAUUUCAAUCAUGAGAAGACUUAUGCGGAAGAACCCUGAGAAACGAUUAGGUGCUGGGCAGAAUGAUGCCAUCGACGUAAAGCAACAACGAUUUUUCAAGCAUGUGAAUUGGGACUGGGAUAAGCUGCUGAAUAAAGAAAUCAAGCCGAAAUUUGUUCCACAAAUCAAGAAUCGGGAGGAUGUGAGUAAUUUUGAUGAAGAAUUCACGAAAGAAACACCACGCUUUUCAUCAGCGAAGGACAAACGACCCAUCACUGAUGCUGACCAGAUGCUCUUCAAAGAUUUUGAUUUUUCUUUGAUUAGUUGAUUAGAAGCUGUUCAUUCUUUCCUUUGUUUAUUUUUGUAUAGGAGUUAGCAGAGAGUGCC